AUGGAGCAAGGGCCUAACGUGGGCGACAACGGCAGCAUGCAGGUCAUCCUGGCGGAGCCCCGCGGAUUCUGCGCAGGCGUCGAGCGGGCGAUCGAGAUCGUGGAGCGCGCCCUCGAAGUCUUCGGCCCGCCGGUCUACGUCCGUCAUGAGAUCGUGCACAACAAGCGUGUGGUGGACGAUCUGCGAAAGAAGGGCGCGGUCUUCGUCGAGGAGAUCGACGAGGUGCCGGAAGGCGCGGUCACCAUCUUCAGCGCCCACGGCGUCUCCGAGAAGGUAGAGAGCGAAGCCGGGCGCCGGAACCUGCCGGUGAUCGACGCGACCUGCCCGCUGGUGGCGAAGGUCCAUAUCGAGGCGCGGCGCUACGAGGGCGAGGGGCGCGAGAUCAUUCUCAUCGGCCACGACGGGCAUCCCGAGGUCGAGGGCACCAGCGGCCGCGUGAAGAACGGCGUCCACAUCGUCGCCACGCCGGCCGACGUCGCCGGGCUUGAGGUGGCUAACCCGGACAAGGUCGCCUACGUCACCCAGACCACGCUCAGCGUCGACGAUACCCGCGACGUGAUCGACGCGCUCACGUCGCGCUUCCCGAGCAUCUCCGGCCCUGACGUGAAAGACAUCUGCUACGCGACCCAGAACCGCCAGGCCUCGGUGCGCAAGCUCGCCGAGGAAGUCGAGCUGAUCCUCGUGGUGGGCGCGCGCAACAGCUCCAACUCCAACCGCUUGCGGGAGAUCGGCGAGGAGAUGGGCGUGCCGACCCACCUGAUCGACGACGCCCGCGACCUCGACCCGACGUGGUUCGACGGCGUGCGCCGGGGUGGGCGUGACCGCCGGCGCGUCCGCGCCCGAAGAACUGGUGCAGGACCUGGUCGCCCGGCUGCGGGAGAUCAACACGGUGGAGCUUCAGAUCCAGGACGGGAUCCAGGAGCGGGUGCGGUUCAAACUGCCGGCCGAACUGGUCGAGGCCAGCGGCAACGGCAAGGCGCAGAAGCCUGCCGCCGGUGCGCCCGGUGGCUGAGCGUACUGCGCCGGCAUGAUGCUCACGAGCGGUCCGCCAUGUCCGUCCCUCUGAUCCAGAAAGUACGCGUCGGCGCCUAUAUCGUGAGCAAGAAGCUCAGGGGCGAGAAGCGCUAUCCCCUGGUGCUGAUGCUCGAGCCGCUGUUUCGCUGCAACCUCGCGUGCCCCGGCUGCGGCAAGAUCGACUACCCGCCCGAGAUCCUGAACCAGCGCCUCAGCGUCGACGAGUGCCUGCAGUCGGUGGACGAGUGCGGCGCGCCGAUGGUUUCGAUCCCGGGUGGCGAACCGCUGAUUCACCCGGAGAUUGGGGAGAUCGUCGCCGGCAUCAUCGCGCGCAAGAAGUUCGUCUAUCUCUGUACGAACGCGCUGCUGCUCAAGAAGAAGCUCGAUCUCUUCACCCCGACGAAAUAUCUGACCUUUUCCGUCCACCUCGACGGGCUGGAGGAGGAGCACGACCACGCGGUGGAUCAGCCCGGCACCUUCAAGCGCGCAGUGGCGGCGAUCAAGGAGGCCCGGCGCCGGGGCUUCCGCGUCAACGUCAACGCCACCGUGUUCGACGGCCACCCGGCGGAGCGGCUUGCCGCCUUCUUCGACUUCGUUACCGACGAGCUCGGCGCCGACGCGAUCACCGUCUCUCCCGGCUAUUCCUACGAGCGGGCGCCCGAUCAGCAGCACUUCCUCAACCGCAGCAAGACCAAGGAGCUGUUCCGCGAGAUCUUCGCGCUCGGCGCCGGUAAGAAGUGGCGCUUCAGCCAGUCGAGCCUGUUCCUGGAUUUCUUGGCGGGCAAUCAGAGCUUCCAAUGCACGCCCUGGGGCAAUCCCACCCGCAACGUCUUCGGCUGGCAGAAGCCCUGCUACCUGAUCGGCGAGGGUUACACCGGGAGCUUCCGCGCCCUGAUGGAGGAAACCGACUGGGAUUCCUACGGGACCGGGCGCUACGAAAAGUGCGCCGACUGCAUGGUCCACUGCGGCUAUGAGCCGACGGCGGCUGAGCACUCGCUGUCGCGACCCUGGGCGGCGCUGAUGGUCAAGCUGCGCGGGAUCAGGACAACGGGGCCGAUGGCGCCCGAGAUCGACCUGAGUCAGGCGCGGCCCGCCGAGUACAUAUUCGACCGGCACGUGCAGGAGAAGCUGCGCGACAUUCGCCUGGCCGAGGAAGCGGCGUCACAGACUCAAGAGAAGGGACGCCGCCCGGCGACCAACGCGGCGUAG